AUGCAGACAUCUCACCUCAUCGGCAAGAAGAGGAAGACAAGCAUGUGGAAUGCAUUUCUGCACAAAGAAGUCCGAACUUUGAAUCAAGCCCUGCCAGCAGGCAUUGCCCACAAGAAGUCAUCCACCUACACCCAUGAGAUAUCAAGGAAGUGGCACUCCAUGAGCGGAGAGGAGAAGAUUGAGGCCACAAAGGAUGAAAUCAAGGCACUCGAGGAGAUACGGGCAAUGAAGGUGACAGUGCAGCAUAAUGUGCCAUUGAACGUGUUUCAUAAUGCUCAUGCAACACUGGCCAACAUACAAUGGGAGCUCGACAUGCUCUGGGAAUGUAUGGGUACUGAGGCUCUCCUGGUCUCCGUCCAUCAGGGGAAGCUCAGAUUCAAGACUCCCAUGGAUUUUGUGCUCAAGAUGGAAGCCUACUGUGUAUCUGGAAUUGAGGGUGUUGUUACUAAUCAUGUCAAGAAUCUUCUCGCCCUGAAAGCAAAGACAGCAGCUCUCAUCAUGCAGAAGCUGAAUGAAGUAGCACAUCCUACGGAGAUCCUGCGCAUGUACUACAACAACUUCGGCGAGCACAUCACGAUAUGCUAUGGCAUUGUCGUCGAAAACUGGCCACUCACCGAGUUCAAAUGCCACAGCCAGAUCACGUCAAGAACUGAAGUCGAGUUCAAGGACUGGCAGGACGGUGAGUUUCAGAAGAGGAUAGGCAUGAUGGACAUAGAGGCAGAUGAUGAUGAAGAUGGUGAGCCCACAGAGGCUCCACAGACAGGUGCUCAAGCCGUCAACACCGAGGAUAUCACCUCCCCUGCCGACAUCCUACCUUCGACUUCUCCGCUUUUUUUGCUUCUUGUUGUCAUUCUUUCCUGCUAUACAAUACUAUACUUAUAG